CUGGAGAGCGUGUUAGCACGAAUACCCAUGCCAGAGUUUCGCCGCAUAAGAACUUUAGCGCUAAAAGGUGAUCGCACGGCAGCUACUCAUCUUGUGCUUCGUCCAAAGUAGCUUUCGUUUGUCCGCCUUCGACACUUUGCCUAGCGCAAGCCCUGUGCACAGCGAAGGCCCAUCGACGCUGCGGACCUCCUGCAACAAAUUGAAUGAGAAGGAAUGCGAUCAGACUCGUCUGUUUGCUUGGAUGCGGUGCCCUCCUCCUUGCUGUUCAGUCCGUUGUCCUUCAGUAUAUUUUUAAGCAGGAAAAAGACUCUGUUCAGCAUUUUAGCCCAUCAUGGAGCCUGAUCAGAGAUGUGGCAGACGCAGCAGCGCAGACCAGCUUCCCACUUUUCAUCUUGGAUGCGAGCAUCCUGCAGUGUCUUGCAGACAGGACAGCCCCGGUUGAACGGCCCUCUUGCUUUGAUCUUCCUCGAGGCCAGGCCUUUGUGCAGUUUGGCUCUCUGGGACAGUUCGCUACUCAAAAGGAACAUGACUUCCUGUCCCUCCUGUCUCGUGCGGGUUACAAGACAUCCAAGCUGAGUGUUCCCAACCCCAAGGUGCUGGCCCAUGGCCUGGAAGUGCUCAUCCCCACCCACUACCUCAUCUCCCAGAAGCAGAACACCGCGGCACUUCACGUCGUGGUCUUUCACGAGCGACCAGGCAACUUCUGGUGGCACGCAGCUGCCGCGCCGGACGAAGAAGACGCCAACAAGACGGAUGUCUCGUUUAGCAGGCUGAUCACGUUGGCGAGAAGCCAUCAAUUUGUUAAAAGCGAUGGAGCAUAUGACAAAGUGGAAGUCCUCCCAUGCGAUGUGGGUGGAGGCGUGCGCUCGUUUGCCCCUACACAGUUUGACACGUUUGUCGACGAGCAGCCGUUCAUUGAAUGCAACUCGACGCGUGCCCGGCUCUUUCACACCAUCCAUGGACGGGACGAGACUCCCGAGGCUGAACUAUUUCGUCUCAAGGUCCACCGGCUUCUUCUCAAGGUCAAGCAGCUGCUGGGAGAACUCAACGUGCCCUUCUGGAUUAGCAGUGGAACUUGCCUCGGCUUCUUCAGGCAGUGCGACGUGAUUCCCUACACAACUGACGUUGACAUUGGAGUUUUCAUCAAGGACUACAAGCCUGAAAUCAUUUCUGCAUUCUCAACGCACGACAUCCCCCUCACUCACUUGUUUGGAAAGGUCGAAGACAGCUAUGAGUUGUCGUUCAGAGAUCGUGAUGUGAAGCUUGACAUAUUCUUCUUUUAUGAAGAGGAUGACCACAUCUGGAACGGAGGCACACAAGCGAGGACCGGAAAGAAGUUCAAGUACACAUUCCCGAAGUUCAAGCUCUGCUGGACUGAGUUUUUGGACAUCAAGUUGCGAAUCCCGUGCGAGACAGAGAAGUACAUUGAAGCCAACUAUGGCCCCAAUUGGUUUCAACCCAUGAAGAGGUGGGAUUGGAAAGCGAGCCCUCCAAAUGUUGAAGAAAAUGGUGUUUGGCCGGUUGAAGAGUGGCCACAUGUCAUCAAGCUGUUCCCACUGCCAGAGUCGUGAUCUGGCUUUUGUGACGGUCAUGGGCUACAUUGAUCUUAUAGAUGCCUAGAGUGCAAUAAAAAAAUAAGCUGUUACAUG